AUGGCCAGUGCUUAUGGUCAGUCAGCGCUCGCAAUCGCCACAGUUGCAUCCACAAAUGCCUCCGCCGCCCUUGCUAGCGGCGCCACCGCUAAUGCCAUUGCCACGAAUGCGGACACAACCGUAACGACGGAUAUGACGAACGCGUUGGAGAAUGGUUUGGUGGUGUCGCGCGCCGCCACCACAUCCACAUCGCCCACCACCCCGCCUAACGCGUUGCUGCAACAUACGCAACAACUGACACACGCACAACUGCAGCUAGCGCAGCAGCAUCAACAGCAACAACAACAACAGUUACACUUAUCACAAUUGGAGCUGGAGCCGCCAGCGUCAGCAAGCGCUGCCAGCUUGUUGCAACAUGCGGAGCAUAACGGUGGCGCUAGUCUACACAACGGCUUGCAUGGCGGCCAGUCGCUGGAGAGUGUAGCCGGCAAUAGCAGCAGCAGUGGUAGCAGCAACAACAAUGGCGGCGGCGUCAGCAUGUUGCACAGCUAUGUGAAUGGCAUGCAUGGCGGUCGCCCCAGCCCGACGGCAUCAGGUUCUUCCGGCGGCAGCCGCUCGUCGGCGCACUCACUGCCGUUGCCCGCGCAUUCGCCCGCGUUGCAGCAACAUGUCAAUGGCGGUUAUCUACAAACGGCGAGUUGCGGCUCAGCGCUCACCGCCACCGCCACCACAAUUGUGUCGCCCGCGCUGAUGGGCCGCAUAGGUGGCGGUCAUGGCGAUGUGAGCGGUGGCGCGGGCGGUGUUAGCGAUGGCCUGGGCGUUGGCGGUCCGCUGGCGCUGCUGCACCAUCACCACCAGCACCAUCAUCAUUUGGCGCCGCAUCAUCAUGCUCACCACCACCACCCUCAUGCCCACCACGGCGUUACGCAUCAGCUGCACCAUCCGCACGACGCAUCCGUUGGACUGUUGGAUAUAUCCACAUUGUAA